AUGCAUGAAAAUGGUAAAAAACAUAAAGACAAUGUAGAAAAGUUUUUAAGAAAUGUUUACCAUAAAGAAUCCGAAAAUCGUAAAGAGGAAGAGAAAACAAAAAAAGAAUUGGAUAGAAUUGAAAGGGCAGCUUUGAAACAAUAUAAAAAAGAUGUUAUACUUUUGGCACCAGGUUCAUCCAUUUCACAUAUAAAACCACCGCCGCUACCACCUACUACAACUAGUAAUAACUAUAAUGAUACAAUUUAUACACAACCAGUAAAAAAUACUGAAGAAUCAAUGAUAGCGGAUGACGAAGAAAAUCCUGAUGAUUUAAUAAACUUUAAAAUUGUAGAAAAAACAUUUCCAUUAGAUAAUCAACUUUUUGAAGAUGAAGAAGAAGAUGAUAAUGAUGAUGAUGAUGACAAUAAUUCUAAUAAGAAUAAAGAAGAGAAAAAGGGAGAGAAAAUAAGUUUUAAGAAAAGAAAACUUGGUGGAUCAGGAAAACAUAGAAAUAGAAAUUAUUAG